UUUUCCAUUACGAGAAAAUGUCACACGCUGGGUGUUACACGAUAUUCACGGAUGUUUAAAUAUGCAUGCUACAUAAUGUGUUUAUUUUAGAUGCAAGUUUAUACAAAGUAUGUGCAUUCAUGUUUGACAGUAUCUGUUGGAAGAAGAUAUUAAGAUAGAUCUAUACCCAUAGAAGAAUUUAGGUGGAUAUCUAGAUAGAGAAGUAUUUAGCUAGAUCUAAUACACUUGACACCUGAAAUAUUCGCAGAUAAUAAAUCGAGACUACUGUAAAUAUAGCUUUAGAAAAAGCGAUGUGGAUUGUUAUCAUUGCGGUCUGCAUCGGAAAUAUAGCUCCCGGUUCGGCUACAUCCGAAAAGCGUGGCUUAUCGAAAAACAAUGACAUCAAAUAUGACGUCAUUAGGAAGGUGUUGACCGACGGCUGCGACUCUGAUAGAGUUGCGGUACUUGGUGUUGCAUUUGAGGGGCAGGAUUUUGAAUGUGGCGUCACAUCCAACAGACAGGCUACAUCUAGACAACCGGAAGUAACUCUACCUACAGCUCAAAACGACAUUAAGUAUACCUUAAUUAUGAUUGACCCGGACGCGCCGGGUCACAGUCUUCAAGACCUUACUUUUUGGCUUCACUGGGCCGUCACUGACGUCAAAGGAUCUCAUCUCCGGGACGGUACAGUUCAAGGGCACACGCUUAUGGGAUUUUCUGGUCCCUCGCCUCCGUCCGGUACACACCGCUAUAUUCUUGUUGUAUUCGAAACUCCGCGUACUGCGCAACUGCCGGUGAAAGCACGCGGCCAUUUCAGUCUCAAGGAAUUUGCAGAUGUCAACGAGGUCUCGUCUAUCAAAGGAAUAUUCCAGUUCAAAGUCCCUGCGUCGUAACCGUGACGUCACGUAUGCAUAUAAAAUGCCGUCUGCCAGUUUGAGACGAACUUCCUCUACAUUGGGAGAGGCGCUAUUCCAAUAAAUAUUUAUUAGCGUUAACAGAAAACGUAUACACAUGUACAUGCAAUCACUGAACGUUAAACCACGUGAUGUCUAAUCCAUUCCGUUUAAUGUGUAACCAGGUAUUAUUGAUUUCUUCACUUUUGAUCGGUAUUUUAUUAUAUCUUGUCUUACUAUCAAAAAAACAGUUUCAUAGUAUACACAUGUAUAACACAAAUAAUGAGUAAGAUGAAAUCCACUACAAUAAACUCGGAAAUCUAA